AUUUAUUUGAGUUUUUGUAUAAUUUUUUAAGAUUGGUUUAUCAAGAAAUCAUAAAAUUUAAAUGGAAAUCAAUUCCCUUUUAUCCUCCCAUCUCUGCGACCAUUACAAGAAGCUCAUAUUCUUGUGCACUGCCACGGCAACUAUUUACAUGAUUAAAAAAUAUAUGGACAAAAGGCAAAAUAAAUCAAAUUCCAAGAAAAUGGAAAAGAAAAAAUUGAAGGAUUUUCCUACAGUUGACGAAAUUCAAAGGUUUAUUGAAGAUUUGCCUUUUGAAGAAAUGACUAAUGAUAAACCUUUAUCUUUAAAAGAUUUAUUGGGAGAAUUGUCGGAGUUCAGUGACAACGAAGAUUGGAAGGAGCUUAUUGCUAGUGUUCACACAAUGUACGAAGAAAAACCUGCAAACCUUGAAGAUUUUGAUGAAACUGGUAGCGUUGAAAGUAUUUAUGAAGAUCCAGAAAUUGUUACGAUUACCGGUAUGACUCCUAGAGAUGAACAAAUGCCAUCAAUAGGGGAUAUCAAAAAAAUUAAAAAUAAAGGGCAUGGAGAUGCGGUGAUUGAUUUCAACCUAGCCAAGGCAAAGAAAAAAGAGAGGCAAAAUUUAGAAAUGGGUGAAGGAGACAAGAAGUAUUAACAUUUGCAUUGUAGAUUUAAUAAAAAC